AUGAGUUCACCACACAUUGAACUUCACUCACAAAGAACAUUAUCUCCCCAACCAAGUUCAAAUAAUUUUGAAUUGACAGGAAAUAAAAGUUGUGCAUUAUCAGCUUCUUUAAAUGGUUCCAUAGAUGAUUUAAAUAAUAACAAUAAUAACAAUAACAAUAACAAUAACAAUAACAAUAACAAUAACAAUAACAAUAACAAUAACAAUAACAAUAACAAUAAUAAUAACAAUAACAAUAACAAUAAUAAUGACGGCGAUAAAAACGAUAAAAAAUUACUUAUUAUAACAAAUGCACCAACACCACCAUUAACACCUCCACAACCCACAAAAACACAACAAACAUUACUAGAAUUAAACCAAAAAUUUCAAGAGCAACAACAACAGCAACAACAACAACAACAAUUACAAAAACAGAAUAAACAACAACAAUCACAAAAACAACAAGAAGAACCACCAUCAUCACAACAAGAAGAACCACCAUUAUCACAACAACAACAAGAACAAGAACAAGAACAAGAACAAGAACAAGAACAAGAAGAACAAUCAAAACAAAAAAUAGAAGGAAAAGGAGGGGGAGGAGAGGAAGAGGAGUGUGAAGGAGGAGGAGGAGGAGAGGGAGAGGGAGAGGAGCAAUUUAAAGAGGGUGAUGAGGAAGAACACGAGGGUAUUGAAAUUGAUCCAAAUCUACCAACAACUGGAUAUACUGGUAAACGAAGAUCAUCAUUACAAAUCAAUGAAGCAUCACCAAAAUUAAUACAAACACCAUCAGUAGAUAGAACAUUAUGUAUAUUAGAUUCAUUACCAUGUCCAAUCUUUCAAAUUGGUAUCAUUGAGAAUACAGAGAAUGGUAAUAUUACAUUGACUGGUUUUGCAAAUGAAAGAUUAACAACACUCUUAUCAUGUUCAUCCAAUCUAUUAGUAGACUCUUUAAAAUCAAUUCCAUCACCACACUACAAUACUGUACCAUCAUUAGAAAGUUGUAAUUCAAUCCCAAUAAAUAAUUUAGCACCUGGUCUAUUACCAAAUACUGAUCCAACAAAAAUAUUAGAUCCAUAUAUUUCAUUAUAUAAUAAAAAACAAUUAAAAGAACGUUAUAGUAAUAAUAAUAAUAAUACUAAUACCAAUAAUAAUAAUAAUAAUAAUAAUAAUAAUAAUAAUAAUAAUAAUAAUAAUAAUAAUAAUAAUAAUAAUGAUACCACUACUACCACCACCACUACCACAACUACCACCACUACCACUACAACGACCACUACCACAACAACAACAAAUGAGUCUGAUAAUAAUAAUAAUAAUAAUAAUAAUAAUAAUAAUAAUAAUAAUAAUAAUAAUAAUAAUAAUAAUAAUAAUGAAGAAAUUAAACAAAAUACAAAAGAGGGUGAGGAAAUAUUACAUGAAUCAACAAAUUCAACUGGUACAGGUAAUUCAAUAUCAAGACCAAAUUCAAUAUUACAAUGUAUAUUGGAUUCAUUUCAUGAACAAAAAACAAUAACCGAGAAAGUAUUAUUAAGUAACUUUUUAAUUAGACAACAAUAUAAGAGUAGAGCUACAAUUAAACCAUUCCCAGAUGGUUGUAUUUGUAUAUUUGAAUAUAUUGAAAAUAUAAAUUUAAAUUAUCAACAACCACCAACUUCAUUAAAUGAUAGAAUUAAUUCAACAAAUAAAUUAACAAAUGAAAUGGAGCUAUUAUCAUUAUCACCAGACUCUAAUCAUCAACAUGUUCAAAAAUUACAUAAUCAUAAUCAUAAUCAUCAUAAUCAUAAUCAUAAUAAUACUACACAACGAGCAUCAUCAACUGAUUCACCAUUUAUUCAUUCUGUAUCAGCAAAUUCACUUUCAUCAAUGUCAUCAAAUUCAUCUGUAACAUCUGCAUGUGCAUCAUUAAGUAGUAAUAGUAGUAGUAAUAGUAAUAAUAAUAGUAAUAAUGCAAGUAGUAGUAAUUGUAGUAGUAAUGCAAAUAGUAAUAAUACAAAUAGUAGUAGUAGUAAUUGUUGUUGUUGUUGUAAUAAUAAUAAUAAUAAUAAUACAUCAUCAACAUCAUCAACAAUAUCAAGUGCAUCAUCAACAAAAUCAAAAUCAUAUUUACAUCAACAACAUAAGAAUUCAAAAGUUUAUUCAACUUUAUUGAAUAGUUUUGAGAAUUUAUCAUUUUUAUUAAAAUCAACACCAAUUAUAAUUUGGAGAGCUGAUCAUAAUGGUGAGAUGGUAUUCUUUAAGAAAUCCGAUGAGAUUCCAAUAGAUGAAAAGAAAGUUGUUGGUAAUAAUUUUCAAGAUUUCUUACAAUGGGUACCCCAAACCUAUCGUACCAAUUUCCAAGAGAUGUUUCAAAACAGUUUAAAGUGUGGUAAGAUUUUCGAAUUCUUAUUUUGGUUUCAAACACCUCAGAAUUAUGUUCAACUAUUUAAAAUCGCAGGUUAUCCAAUAUUUCAUAUUGAUGGUAAAGAUUGUAUUGCUUCAAAGAGAUACCUAAUCGGUUGGUUAGGUGUUACCUAUAAUUAUCUAAUUAAUGAUGGUGCUGAAAUCUCAAUUAAAGGUUCUGCAAAUUUAGAUAGUAUGUAUGAAAAAUUUAAAAUCAUUUAUGAAAUGCCAAAUAUUGAACGUACAAAAUUAACAAAUAAUGGUAUAUCAAGUGGUGGUGAUAUAACUAACGCCAACAACAAUGGUGGUUCAAGUGAAUCUUCAAAUAAAAUAUUGGAAAAGAAAAAACAUUUAAUUUCUGAGGCUGAAAAAGAAUGUUUUUUAAAAUGUAAAGAAACUUAUAAUAUCCUAUUUAAAUUAUCAUUACUUGGUGUAAUGUUUUCAACUUUUAAAGGUAUAAUUUUAGAUGCAAAUGAUAUGUUAUUACAGACAAUUGGAUAUACUAGAGGUGAUUUAGAGAAUGGUAAAAUCGAUUGGAUGUUAUUGACUCCACCAGAACAUUUUGAAAUUUCAGCUAGAGCAUUACAAGAGUUGAAGGCAAAGAGAUGGUGUCAACCAAUUGAGAAGGCGUAUAUACAUAAGAGUGGCAAGAGGGUACCAGUGUUGAUUACAUCCGCUAUGAUCGAUGGUAGUACUGAACAGUGUAUAACAUUUGUGUUUGAUUUAAGUAGAUAUAGACAAGCUGAGAUGGCAGCGAUUGAAGCAACCAGAUUAAAGACUCAAUUCAUUACAAAUAUUUCCCACGAGUUACGUACACCCUGUCAUGGUAUAGUUGGUAUGAGCCAAUUGCUAUUGGAUUCACAAUUGACCAAUACGCAACGUGAUAAUAUAGAUUCAAUUAAACGGUCUACAGAUUCAUUGAUAUCGUUGAUCAAUGAUAUACUGGAUUUCAGCAAGUUGGAGUAUGGUAAAGUUACAUUGGAGAAUGAGUCAUUCGAAUUGUUGCCAAUGAUUGAGGAAGUGUUGGACUCUCAAGCCACAGCUGCCAAUCGAAAAGGCAUAGAUUUGAUAUUCGUCAUGGGUCGUGACUAUCCAGUGCCUCCGGUUAUAUUUGGUGAUAGAAAUUCAUUGAAAAAGGUGUUAUUGAAUUUGGUUGGAAAUGCUGUGAAAUUCACAGAGACCGGUUUCGUGCUAUUGGAGAUCUCUACCGAUUAUGAAAGUGGCGAUCAAAUCUCCUUGCGUUUCACAGUUAAAGACAGUGGUAUUGGUAUACCCGAGAAUAAGAUCGAGCAGAUUUUCGUGCCAUUUGGUCAAAUUGACGGUUCAUUCAGUAGGAAAUACGGUGGCUCCGGAUUGGGUCUAUCUUUCUGCAAAGAACUAGUCGCGUUGAUGGGUGGCUAUAUUCGGGUGGAGAGCGGCGAUCAAGAGGGUGGCAAAGGCACGACCUUUUGGUUCGCAAUUAAAGUUUCCAUCUCGUCACCUUCUUACCUACCAAAUAGUGUUCCCGCAGCUAACCAAUUCUUUUAUCCUGAAUAUAGACCAUCACAUUAUAACAAUGUCAUUGGUAAUGGUGAUUCACCAAAGAAUGUACUAAUCAUUGAAUCCAAUCAAAUGGUAAUCAUGUCGAUCCAAUCGAUCCUUCUCUCAAUGAAAUGUGAAUGUAUUAGUGCAUCCAAAGCAAUCACAGCAUUAGAUCUAUUGGAAUCAUCAAAAUCAACUGAAAAUCAAAUCGAUAUCAUAGUUUGUUCAGAUAAAUCAACAUUUGUUCAACAAAUUCUAGAUUAUGUAACCACUGAAAAAGUCAUACUCUAUGGUGUUGAUCCAAAUUCAAAAUAUAAUGAAAAUUCAAAAGUUUACUCUUAUUUAGUUACACCAAUAACUCAUUCAAAAUUAAUUUCUUCAAUUUUACUUUCAAAAAAUUUAAAAUCAAAAAAUUCAUUUUUAACAACAACAAAUAAUACAAAUAAUACAAAUAAUACAAAUAAUAUUGAAAAUAAAUCAUCAAUUGAUUCACCAUUAUCAAUAACUUCAACUUCAUCUUCAAUUAUAACUCCAAUUUUAACUUCAAAUAAUUUAGAUUUAAAUAAUAAUAAUAAUAAUAAUAAUAAUUCAAUUUUAGUUUCAAAUAAUGGUGGUGUUGAUGGUGGAAAUAAUGUUCCAUCAACAUUAACAACAAUUCAACAAAGUCAACCAAAGAAAUAUAUUUUAGUUGCAGAAGAUAAUGAUAUUAAUAUUAAAGUUGUAGUUAGACAAUUGGAAAAGUUAGGAUAUACUGCAAUUGUUGGAAUUAAUGGAUUGAAAGCUUUGGAAAUAAUUGGAAGUUUUCCAAUUUGUUUAAUACUUUUAGAUUGUCAAAUGCCUCAAAUGGAUGGUUUCACAUGUUCCACUAUUUUACGUCAAAUUGAACCAACUGGUCAACGUAUACCAAUCAUUGCAAUGACUGCAAAUGACUCAAAGGAUAGAUGUUUCGAAGUUGGUAUGGAUGAUUAUCUCUCAAAACCUGUCAGAGUUGAUAGACUUCAAAAAACUUUAUCCGAUUGGAUUAAAACUGAUGAAAAUGGUAAUCCAACAAAUUCUUAUAAUUUUUAUCCAUUAUCUUAUUCUUUGGUUUAUAAUAAUUUUAUUGAUACUCAAUUAAAAAAAGAAAAGAAUGACGAUUAA